AUGAGUUCGAAGACCUUCAAAGACCCCAUUUACCCAUUGGACAACCAUUGCUCCGUCAUCCACAAGAACACGCUCUACGUCUAUUCGCCGCAGGGAUUCCAGUCGUUGGAUUUGGCCAAGGGUUCACAAUGGGAGAAGCUGCCCAUGGAUAUAUCGCUGACGGGCGCUGAGUGUAUACUCGCGCCCUCGUCUGGGGAUGCCAACACCGACAUGAUGUUCGUCGUUGGGGGAAGAGUGAACGAGACCGUAAGGCAGUGGGACUACCCUGGGCUUAUGCACUACUCGUUCAAGGAUAAGAAGUGGGAUUGGCAGCGGUCCGAGACUUGGGUCACGAAGGAACGAACGAAUCAUGCCGCCAUUUAUAUCCCUGCCGCGAAACAAAUCCUCGUCUACUCGGGCUCCUCGGAUCCUCAGUCAAGCGGUCUCUCGUCGGAGAGCUUCUUGAUCGACACGAAAUCGCCUUAUGCUGUUCUCAGCCAGCCAGCUGGAGCCAACCCGCCCCUCAUCAAGCCCAUGCUUCUGCCGUGGGACGAGACCCAUGCAGUCAUGGUCGGAGGUGGAGCCUCGAAUACGGCCAUCUAUACCUUCGGUGCAAUGUCUGAUGCUUCUGGUGCGAUGGAAGGAUGGAAAGAUCUCGGUAUUACGAUCACUGAACCCAUCACCAGCCCGGAGACAACCCAAUGUACCUUGAUUAACGGCGAGGAUGGCAGUAAGGUGCUGGAAACAUUCAACAUGGGCGUGUCGCCAAACACGGUCACGCGGACCGUCCUCCUCAACAAGGGUGGAUCUGUUGCUGCCCAAGGCACGACCGUUGGCGUAAACUCGAAACGAUACGUGACGCUUGACGACUUCCCCAAAUACAACGACACCCUCGCCUCGGACCUCAUCCGAAGCGGCUACUCAGUCGCGCAAAGCGACUCCGAUAGGAUUGUCUUCUCUGGAGGCAACGCCCAGGAGCCUCUGAGCAUCUUCGACGGCUCAGAGAACUCUUGGGUCAACGCAACCGCACUCUUCUCUGGCAGCCAACUGAACAACAUCCUACAACCUUCCUCCUCGGCUAGCUCCUCAACACCGACAUCGACUGCCACUGAGACAGCAGCGGCUUCCUCCUCCGCGGCCGCCGGCGCCCCCGCCGGUGCCGCCGUAAACAACAAGGACAGGAUGCUGACAGUCCUUGGCGCAACUCUAGGUGCCAUAUUUGGCAUCGCUGCUCUGUUGAUUUUGCUACUGUUCUGCCUCAGGUGGAGAAAAUCGAAGAAAAGGAGGACAGCGCAGGGUGGAUACGUGGAGAAGGACCGCUUGAGCUUUGCCGAUCGCGGUGCCGAGUUCAUGAAGGAGGCAGGAGGUGUGGGCAGUAAACCCAGGUUCACAGAAGUGAAUGCUUCCCAAACCUCUCUCGCCAUCAUUGCAGGAGGCGCCGGCCAUGGCCACAAGCGUGGCAUGUUGAGCGAUUCGAGUACGUCGGGUCUGGUCAAGAAGGCCAGUCCGCUCGGAUACACUGAGCCCGUCGAGCUGUCCAAGUUCGACUUGAAGCCAGAACCCAUCGAUGAGAGGAUGGUUCGACAGAACUCUGGCCGGAUACCGCCCGCACCCAAAGCUAUUGGCAACGUGAGUAGAAGCCGCAGUUCUGGCUGGAGUCGCUAUUUCGCCAACAACGAUGCCACCAACCUGGCAGCUAUGCCUACCGACAACCGCUCAACAUUUGCUUCUGACCGUACCAGCACCGCCAGCCACUCAUUGUACACCGACUCGCGCAUGUACAGCCAGCCAAUGCAAGCCCCUCCACCACUCGAUAUUCCCAAGUUCGAGAACCAACGCAUCAGCAAAGUCACCACCGGCAGCCCGACACUAGGUAACUCGACAGACAACUUACCCGGUCAGCCUAUGCAGGCAGAACUUGCACGAGCCAAUUCGGGAGCCAGCACGCGCUCCGGCAUCAGCAACGAUGAUCAUCACUAUCUCCGGGAUCCUGUCGAAAGCUGGACACCUGUCGGCCACGAAGAGCGACCAGUGAGCAGCAACUACACGGGCAGUGUUGUUAUGAACGAUUAUCGCGACGGCGCUAGUUCAUACUAUCCCGAUGGCACAUCCUCGUUCUACCCGAAGAGCGGAAUCAGCUCCUUCUACCCUGGCCAAUCGAAGAUCGGUGGACCCGAAGUUCGGGAAAGCACCAACACCGUCUUCCCGGGUCAGAACCUGGGCAACAUUCAGCCACGCCAGCAACAGCAGCACAAUGAUUUUGAGUCUUUCUACCCCGCGCCCCCACGCCUAGGCGGUGCGCCAGACGGCCGAGAGAGCCAGAUCACUGUAUUCCCCGGUGGACCUACCGGCGACCGUAAAGAAGGAGGACAAGACAUGUCCUGGCUGAACCUCGGCGUCCCCAAGUGA